AUGUCAGAUCACGUACUCCUUGUCCAUGGUGACCUUUUGACAAAGGAAAGGCUGGACACUGUUGGCAACAGCAGGAGAAUUGAAAUGACACCAAAAAACCGCUUACAAUAUGUUGUUUUUCUUCCUGGGUUUUUCCAUUACAAGAUGGCAUGUGCGGAUGCGCUCUGGCGUAUAUAUCUUCAGCCAAAGGAAGGCAGAGAUGAUGAGAAUAGUCUGUUCCAGUCAGUGAGGUACUUGCGACCAGAUGAAACCAAGAAGAUGGUUACCAAGCCUGGAUUUCGACAUAUGCAUGAAGUCAUACAUCACGACCUUCAAGCAUCAAUGCUUGACUGCUGGCGACUUGAAGCGCAGAGCCAAAACCGCGAGUGGACGACCCUGGAAUUGUUCACAGCUUCGAAACCAUCCUGGGAUACUAUUGUAAGUAUAUCACACACGAUCGUGGAGAAGUAUGUUGCACGCACAGAUACACUCGACCACACACAUGAGAAGCCCAAGGAACAAUGGGACAGGCAUUUUGAAAACCAAGUCCUUCGAAAUCGAGACAGAUCACUGUACGUUGACCUAUGUCAAGCAAUGAAUGCCGGAGAUAUUGGUCGAGUGGAGGCUUCGUUUCUGCCAUGGAUAUACCUGUUCAAGGCCACAGGGAAGCAUAAAUAUACAAUACAGAUCCUGCACUUCCUGACCAACCUUCGAUAUAACUACCCCAUCGAGCUGAGAAACAUAAUCCGGAUGAACUUAUUAUGUAAUCCGAUGGGGAAACCCUUGUCCUUCUGUCCAGUUGACUGGUUGGUAGAGAGAAACAACUUGUAUACAAAAGUUAUAUUUGCUGGAACAGGACCCAAUCGCACAAUCAAUCACAUUAUCAAGCAGUCGCCUCUUAUUGAAGUCUAUCGUAACUGUCAUGUCACUGUGGAGAACACAUUCCAUUUAACUCAUUGCACAAUCCGACACGCACAACCUGACAUGACAAAAACAAUUCAGCGCCUAGCAUCACGCGUGAAAGAAAAGCACUCACAUAUGUUCAAACCUGGCCAGUCAGCAAUGUGCAGCAUUCCCGAUCAAGUAGCCGCCGGCAUGACACUAAUGCAAGAGAGAAAAGUCAGUAUGGCAGAUGAAGCAGAGACUGAUGACAUAGAACCAGAAGAUUUGAUAGACUGA